AAAUUUUGAAAGCUGCAUCAACAAGUUGAUUGUUAUUUUCCUUCCGUAGUAUCGUAAAAGAGUUGACUAUUGACAAGUGAAAUCGUGAAAUUUUGAUGAAAUGAAUGAAAAACAUGUUCGAUUUUAUACUGAUGGGCCGAUAGAAGAAAAGAUUUGUCGUGCGAUUGAAAAAUGUGAUGCAAUAAAUGUCCAGCGAUUACUAAGGAUGGGCGUGGACGUAAAUGCCCUGACAGAUAGUGGAAUCACGCCUAUGCAUUGGGCUUGUGGACUUGGUGAUGAAGCAGUACACAUGGAGAUCGUCCAGCUUUUAUUAUCUAACUUUGGUAACCCGAAUAUCAAGUCCACUGAAGGAGUAACACCAGUUCAUGUUGCAGCUAGCUGGGGGUUUCUUGGAAUUUUAAAAAUUCUUAUAGUAAAUGGGGGUGAUCCUUGGUUGGAAGAUCCAGAAGGUUGUAAUGCAUGGGAUUUGGCUCUUCAGAAGAAUCAAUGGUGCAUUCUCAAGUAUCUUGCUUCAUACAUGGAAGAUGACCACGUUGAUCCAGCAGAAGACUCUGUUCAGUGUAUUUUUGUGAAGCAUCGGGAAGUGGAGUUGGGAACAUCACUUUGCAACAGCACUCUCAGCUGUAAUGACCUUGGGUUUCUAGGGUCUGAUUCUGUUUUGAGCACUACAGCUCUAGAUAGUGAUUCAGUUGUUGUUAGCUCAUCCAACAACGCUCUUAAUGUGGCCCUGUGCAAUACUCUUGACGUAACCAGCAACGCAUCAACCAGUUCGAUCGUUAUAGUUGAAGAACACAUAUAUUCCGACACUGAAAAAGGAAUCGAAUUGGUCGAGUGGCACUAUCCCCCGCUUGUGAAUCAGGAUUCUGUUACAGAUGCAACCCUAAAUGAAGCUCUGUGUACUUCUUCUGACGAAAGAAAUUCUGUCAACUGGAUUGGAGAAUCAAUGGACUCACAACUCUUGUUUGACCAAUUAAAAUCACUUGGUGGCUGUCCUGGACCUAUAACACCAACAACCAAGCAAGUUUACCUCCGACAGUUUUUUCGGUUGCGCAGAGAACAGGCUGCGCAUGUUCCUUCACCAAAGAGGCUUGGGUUAUCCAAAGAACUUCAGACUAUUUUGCUUAACUAUCCGGGGCUAGAAAACGAUACAAAAAUAGCUACGCAUUUAGACCGAUUGUUGGUUACACAUUUCACCUGUCCUGACCCGCUUAAACCAUGGAGAGAGGGUCUGGCGAAAAAAUCUUUUAAUUAUCUUCUUCUAGACCCGAGAGUCACGCACAAUCUACCACUCAACGAAACCCAGGACCAACAGAAAUUGUUCAAGCGCUUUGUAUCCAGCAUUUUUUACAUAGGAAAGGGCAAACAAACUAGGCCGCACGAACAUCUUUAUGAGGCAAUUAAACUUCGGUCUCGACCACAGUCGUUUCUUAAAGUAAGCAAUAAAGUUAAGCGAAUAUUAGACAUCUGGAACGAUGGGUACGGCGUCAUUUCAAUCCACGUCUUUCAAAACUCUUUGCCAGUAGAAGCAUUUUGUCGCGAAGCCGCAAUGAUAGAAGCGAUAGGUCUUAGCACCAUCACGAAUAUAAAGCGUGGAGACUACUAUGGAAUUUGUACGUCGUGGUCGAACUCGGACAAACGACGCUGGGGAUGCCUUCUGCUUUACAAGUCAUUCCACAUUUUUCUCCACGAAGGAGAGAGACAAAUCCGUCCAGUUGAUUUAUAGCAGCCUCUACGCAGUUCUGCAGUGCAAUGUGGCUAUCUCAGUACAAUUUUGUUCAAGCUCGCGCAGCUGCAAUAUUCUUGGCAAUAUUAUCAUCUCUUUUAUCAAACCGUAUAUUUCGAGGAUUUAAUUUGUGUUCUUCAUUUCGAAGUUUUGAUUACAUAUUCAGGCAACUUUA